AUGGACCCAACAUCAUGGCUGGAUAUGACGGGCUUCAACUGCACGUUUACGAGUGAGACAGUAGGCGGUCUUCCUCUCGUGGGCCUGAACUCCACCUGGGAUAACUCGAAGCAAGCGAACUCAAACGUCCCCCCUCUCAGCGAACCAUGGGGCUCUUACAGUAACAAGCCGUUCCGUGGAGUCAGUAUAGGAGGUUGGCUCGCCCUUGAACCGUUCAUUACUCCUUCACUAUUCACCGAUUCGAGCCUGAUAGACGAAUACGCUUUGUCCAAGAAGCUUGGUCCAAAGGCCGCCGAGACACUGGAGAAGCACUACUCGACUUUCAUCAAGGAAGAGGACUUCAAGGCCAUUGCUGCCGCAGGCCUCGACCACAUCCGGAUCCCAUUCUCGUACUGGGCAGUGAAGAGAUUCGAUGAAGAUCCAUAUGUCUUCGGUAUCUCAUGGCGCUAUCUCCUUCGCGGUAUCGAGUGGGCCCGCAAGUACGGUCUUCGCGUCAAGCUCGAUCUUCACGGUGUGCCUGGUAGCCAGAACGGUUGGAAUCACAGUGGCCGGAUGGGAAAAGUCAAUUGGAUAACCGGCCCAGAGGGCCCUACCAACGCCCAACGUACGCUCGAUAUCCAUAAUCAGCUGUCCAAGUUCUUCGCCCAGGAUCGCUACAAGAAUAUCAUCGCUUUCUAUGGCCUUGUCAACGAGCCUGCGAUGACUAUCCCAAUGGAUGAGCUCAAUGCCUGGACACGGAAGGCAUACCAGAUUGUCCAUGACAAUGGCUUCAACGCUACUCAAGUCUUCAGCGAGUCGAUGCGAGGUUUGGGGCCCUGGACUGGACAACUACAAGGUUACGGGGAUUCUCUUGCCCUCGACGUCCACGAAUACACCAUUUUCGACAGCGGCCUGCUCGCUCUCCCCCACAAGGACCGCAUCUCCUUCGCAUGCAAAACCUGGGCCGCCCAAAUCACCGCUGGCAUCAGCCCCUCAACCGGCUUCGGUCCCCUCAUGGUAGGAGAAUGGUCCCAAGCAGACACCGACUGCGCAGUCUACCUGAACGGCGUCGGCGCAGGAGCCCGCUGGACCGGACACUUCUUCGGCUCAAAACAGCCCGCUUGUCCGACGCAAAACAACCAAUGUAACUGCGACAUGGCCAAUGCCGACUCGUCGACCUUCACCCCGGAGUUCAAGCUGUUCCUGCAGACGUGGGCGGAGGCGCAGAUGUCGACAUUUGAGAAGACCUUGGGCUGGUUCUACUGGACCUGGAAGACGGAGAAUGCGCCGCUGUGGAGCUACCAGGCUGGUCUGCAGGGUGGAUUCAUGCCUGCUCUUGCGUAUGAGAGGGGUUGGGAUUGUACCAAGCCGAUCCCUGAUCUGGGGAGUUUACCGGAGUUUUACUGA